AUGAACUCGCUCUCGCCUGAGUUGGUGGCUAGCUGGACAGCCGAACAGCGGCGCCAGGCUUCGCUGGCGGUGUUUGAAGACUCGAGCGACCUCUCCUUCGCCGUUCCUGCUUGUCCCGCUCGUGCUCUGCCAUCUUUGCACCCUGAAGCUCCGCCCGUCUACCGCGAGGAACUCAACGAGCUGAGUUUCGAGGGACUCGAGGUCGUCGCCGGGCUGGACAUCUCCUUUCGAGACGGCAGCGGGGACGAAGGGAUCGCCGUUCUCGCCGUGCUUUCCUUCCCCUCUCUCAAGCCCCACCGCACCCUCUCCCGCCGCGUCUCGCUCUCGUCAACCCCUUACAUCCACUCCUACCUCUCCUUCCGCGAAUCCGAUAUCUAUAUCGCGCUUCUCGACGAGUUGCGCGCGACGGGCGGCCCGGAGGUGCAGGUACUGUUUGUGGAUGGGAAUGGGAGGUGGCAUCCCAGGCAGGCGGGGAGUGCGGUUGCGGUGGGUGUCAAGAGUGGGUUGCCGACAGUUGGAAUUGCGAAGGAAUACCACCCGCUACACGCCUCAGCCUCAGAAACGCCCGCAAAUCCCGCCAACGACAACUCUUCCCGGCCGGCUGAAUUCCCCUCCGACUACCUCUCCUCUCAGAAGAGCAUGCGAAAAGCGUGUCAUGCGCUGUUUCAACACCGAGGUGAUUGGACUGGCCUGCGUCCGCCCGAACCAGGCGGAGAUGCGACUCCCCGUCCUUCCGCCAACUCCAGCGCCUCAUCACGGCGAGAAGACGAUUACUGGGGUGCCGCCCUCCUCUCCUCCCCCUCCCGCUCCGCCCGCAACCCAAUCUUCGUCUCCCCCGGCCACCGCCUCUCGCUACAGACAUGCGUCAAGCUCGCGCUUGCGUGUACGGGGGAAGGGAAGGUGCCGGAGCCGGUGAGGCAGGCGGAUUUGGUUGGACGUGAGCUGGUCAGGCAGACGUGGCCGAAGCAGACCGCACAGAAGGAGGGAAGGCCAUGA